AUGAGGAAGCGGGGGUUUCCCAGUUCAUUGUCCUACCGUGUAAGUUAUAGCCCAACUUCACCAGUGCAGAGGCGGGAGAUUGAUUACCAGAGCAUCCCCGAAGGGGGAUUUAAUCAGUCGGAGGAAUCCCGGGAAACAGAGCAGGAGUCACUGGUCAUGGAGCAGGAGCAGAAGGAGCGGGAGAUGUUCUUCAGCCUGAGUCCUCGACGCUUGUCUACAGAUUCAUAUCAGCCUCCUGUCGUGCCUGAUAACCCUCUGCCGGGCACUUCUUUACUGCCCUCCGGUACCAGCCCAGGGGCAGGUAACAACAACAGCAUCCUUCCAAAUGCCCCAGCUUUCGGGGCACCACCUGCAGCCCUGCUGACCCAGGGAGAGUCCAGUUCAGUAUAUACCCAUGAAAUGAAGAGUCUCUCAGUCUUCCUGGGGAAGAAACAUACUGUACCAUCUAUCUACGGCCCUUCUGGUUGUGCUGCAACUUCACCAGUGGAGCCUGACCCCUAUGUCUCUGAGGACCCUUCAGCCUGGUCCGUGGAUGAAGUGAUCCUGUUUCUGCAACAUGCAGAUCCUCAGUCAUUAGGCCCGCUCGCCAACCUCUUCAGGCACCAU